AUGGCAAUGAAAGCUGCGUGCAUCGUGGCUGUCUUGACGGCUUUCUUGACGGUUUCCGCUGAGACCGUUGCCGGAACGGAUGCCGAAGCAUGCCAGUCCGGGAGCCUUAUCCAGCAACGCCUGGGCUCAUCUCAUGCCGUGCUGCCCGAGGAGACGGAAGCGCCCCUGGACACUGCAAAGACAUUGAAGCCCAAGGAGAAGAAGAAGGUUGAGAAAAGGAAGAAGUUGGAGAAGCUGCAGAAGUUCCUCGCCGAGUCGAAGAUGCAAGCCCGAGCUGCGCUGGUGGGCGAGAGCAGGGCAAAGUUCGAGCUUCUGUCCCAAAAAACCUCCGCCCUGGACCUGGAUGCAGUCAUCGCCCGCCUCGUCGAGAAGGGGGACUACAAAGUCGAGAAGGCGAAGAGGGCCGCUGAUGAGUACCGGAAGUUCCUCGUGCUGAUGGGCAUGGGGAAGACACCCUUGGCCUCCAAGAUGGUCCUUGAUGCCUGGCAGGCCCACGUCAUGUACACGAAAAUGUACGAGCAGGACUGCGAGACUGUCUUCGGCCACUUUUUGGAGCACGACCCCCUCAACCAGCAAAUGGACGAGGGCCGUCUGGAGCAAACGAAGCAGCAGAUCUGCGACUACUUCGGCAGGGUGGACCCACUUGUUUGGGCCAAGUCGAAGGCGCCGAAGCCAGUCGCUCUGUCCCAGAGCACGGACAUCGCUCAGGCAGCCAAGGACACGAUGGAGGCGUGGCUGGAGCAUAUCAAUGACAACAUUCUUUGGCGUGAUGAGCUUGUGACAGAGGACGUGCACUUGAUGGUGCUUUCGCAGCACUUGGACAGAGCGAAAACGCACGAUGGCAUUGACGACGUCCUGUCCUUUUUCCACACAAUGGGACAUGCCGCCACGGCACGUGAAUUCCUCUCCGUUGAGCCUGGCGCCUUUGCCAUUGAGAGGAUGAGGCACACUCGUAUGGGUCGCAUGGGAGCCGACAUCUACGAGGUGAACGAAGAAGGCAAGAUCUUCGACAUCAAAGUUUGGAUGGCUACUUUCAGAAACGACACGGCAGACCUGCACGACGCGGGGCUGACGGAUGCGGUGGGUGAGGCCGGGCAGACUGAUGCCGGUGUGACCAAAGCUGCCAUGGAGACGUGGAUGCAGAGCCUGAACGAGCCCGAUCCCAAAGAAGCGCUCCUAGCCUCCGACGCACGCCUGACCCUGGUGGCGCAGAACGUCUUGGGGGAUCCGAUCGUAUACCAGGGAAAGGAUGAGGUGAUGGCUUUCUUCCACGGCUAUGAGCAUGCCGACUCGUCUCGAGAGUUCCUGUCUGUGGACGGAGGUGCCUUCAUGAUCGAGGUUUCGCACAGCAUGCCCCACCCGCGUAUGGGAAUCCUGAUUCUCGAGGUGAACCCCGAUGGCAAGAUCCAGAACAUCAAGGUCUGGACGGGCGACCUGCGGGACGACACUGCUGACUUGGACGACAGCGGCUUGACUGGCGUCGCAAGCCUGACGCAGAGAGAGGGUGCCUUGGGGAAGUAUUUAGUUCUUGUAGACUUCUGCCAAAACAUAAGUAGUCACCUUGGUAGAUCCGUUUGCGCUGGGGCUGCAGGCACGACUGAGCACACAGAGUGCCAGCAAUCGGGGAGCCAGCCGUCGCUGCAGCAGAUGCGCAGGUUCAACGCCUCUGCCGAGAAGGUCAAAGCGCUGGAUAUGGCCCCUGUGGUUGCCGUCCUGGUGCAGAGGGACGGCUACAAGCGCACGAAGGCAGCAGAGCUUGCAGAGGAGUACCGCAAAUACCUGGCCCUGGUGGGCACCGGCCUGCAGCCAGUGCCGUCGAAGAAGGUGGAUGAUGCCUGGCACGCCCACAUCUUGAACACCAAGAACUACGCCGCGGACACGCAGGCGCUCUUCGGCCACUUCCUCCAUCACGAGCCGGCCAACCUUCUCCUGAACGAGCAGGGCCUGCAGGAGCAGAAAUCCUCCAUGGACAACAUGUUCGUCAGUACCAAGAUGCAGAUUUGCGACUUCUAUGGUCGCGUUAACGAGGACGCAUGGGCCAAGGAGGAUGUGGCACUUUGUGAGUUCCCGCUGGCAGCCUUGUUUCAAAGCGUCGAAGUUUGCAAGGAGUUCCCUCUGGCAGCAGAAAAGAAAGUUCUGGGGAUCCAGGUCUUGUGCUCGUGUCCGGGCUCGAGCAAGAUCUCGCAUAUCGCCUUGUCAUCUUUCCCUCAUCUACCGCGUAUCCAGCUUGGAUACAUCAUGGCAAUGAAAGCUGCGUGCAUCGUGGCUGUCUUGACGGCUUUCUUGACGGUUUCCGCUGAGACCGUUGCCGGAACGGAUGCCGAAGCAUGCCAGUCCGGGAGCCUUAUCCAGCAACGCCUGGGCUCAUCUCACGCCGUGCUGCCCGAGGAGACGGAAGCGCCCCUGGACACUGCAAAGACAUUGAAGCCCAAGGAGAAGAAGAAGGUUGAGAAAAGGAAGAAGUUGGAGAAGCUGCAGAAGUUCCUCGCCGAGUCGAAGAUGCAAGCGCGUGAGCCUCCAAAAGGAGCUGCGCUGGUGGGCGAGAGCAGGGCAAAGUUCGAGCUUCUGUCCCAAAAAACCUCCGCCCUGGACCUGGAUGCAGUCAUCGCCCGCCUCGUCGAGAAGGGGGACUACAAAGUCGAGAAGGCGAAGAGGGCCGCUGAUGAGUACCGGAAGUUCCUCGUGCUGAUGGGCAUGGGGAAGACACCCUUGGCCUCCAAGAUGGUCCUUGAUGCCUGGCAGGCCCACGUCAUGUACACGAAAAUGUACGAGCAGGACUGCGAGACGGUCUUCGGCCACUUUUUGGAGCACGACCCCCUCAACCAGCAAAUGGACGAGGGCCGUCUGGAGCAAACGAAGCAGCAGAUCUGCGACUACUUCGGCAGGGUGGACCCACUUGUUUGGGCCAAGUCGAAGGCGCCGAAGCCAGUCGCUCUGUCCCAGAGCACGGACAUCGCUCAGGCAGCCAAGGACACGAUGGAGGCGUGGCUGGAGCAUAUCAAUGACAACAUUCUUUGGCGUGAUGAGCUUGUGACAGAGGACGUGCACUUGAUGGUGCUUUCGCAGCACUUGGACAGAGCGAAAACGCACGAUGGCAUUGACGACGUCCUGUCCUUUUUCCACACAAUGGGACAUGCCGCCACGGCACGUGAAUUCCUCUCCGUUGAGCCUGGCGCCUUUGCCAUUGAGAGGAUGAGGCACACUCGUAUGGGUCGCAUGGGAGCCGACAUCUACGAGGUGAACGAAGAAGGCAAGAUCUUCGACAUCAAAGUUUGGAUGGCUACUUUCAGAAACGACACGGCAGACCUGCACGACGCGGGGCUGACGGAUGCGGUGGGCCAGGCCGGGCAGACUGAUGCCGGUGUGACCAAAGCUGCCAUGGAGGCGUGGAUGCAGAGCCUGAACGAGCCCGAUCCCAAAGAAGCGCUCCUAGCCUCCGACGCACGCCUGACCCUGGUGGCGCAGAACGUCUUGGGGGAUCCGAUCGUAUACCAGGGAAAGGAUGAGGUGAUGGCUUUCUUCCACGGCUAUGAGCAUGCCGACUCGUCUCGAGAGUUCUUGUCUGUGGACGGAGGUGCCUUCAUGAUCGAGGUUUCGCACAGCAUGCCCCACCCGCGUAUGGGAAUCCUGAUUCUCGAGGUGAACCCCGAUGGCAAGAUCCAGAACAUCAAGGUCUGGACGGGCGACCUGCGGGACGACACUGCUGACUUGGACGACAGCGGCUUGACUGGCGUCGCAAGCCUGACGCAGAGAGAGGGUGCCUUGGGGAAGUAUUUAGUUCUUGUAGACUUCUGCCAAAACAUAAGUAGUCACCUUGGUAGAUCCGUUUGCGCUGGGGCUGCAGGCACGACUGAGCACACAGAGUGCCAGCAAUCGGGGAGCCAGCCGUCGCUGCAGCAGAUGCGCAGGUUCAACGCCUCUGCCGAGAAGGUCAAAGCGCUGGAUAUGGCCCCUGUGGUUGCCGUCCUGGUGCAGAGGGACGGCUACAAGCGCACGAAGGCAGCAGAGCUUGCAGAGGAGUACCGCAAAUACCUGGCCCUGGUGGGCACCGGCCUGCAGCCAGUGCCGUCGAAGAAGGUGGAUGAUGCCUGGCACGCCCACAUCUUGAACACCAAGAACUACGCCGCGGACACGCAGGCGCUCUUCGGCCACUUCCUCCAUCACGAGCCGGCCAACCUUCUCCUGAACGAGCAGGGCCUGCAGGAGCAGAAAUCCUCCAUGGACAACAUGUUCGUCAGUACCAAGAUGCAGAUUUGCGACUUCUAUGGUCGCGUUAACGAGGACGCAUGGGCCAAGGAGGAUGUGGCACUUUGUGUUUCAAAGGAGUUCCCGCUGGCAGCCUUGUUUCAAAGCUUCGAAGUUUGCAAGGAGUUCCCGCUGGCAGCAGAAAAGAAAGUUGUGGGGAUUCAGGUCUUGUGCUCGUGUCCGGGCUCGAGCAAGAUCUCGCAUAUCGCCUUGUCAUCUUUCCCUCAUCUACCGCGUAUCCAGCUUGGAUACAUCAUGGCAAUGAAAGCUGCGUGCAUCGUGGCUGUCUUGACGGCUGUCUUGACGGUUUCCGCUGAGACCGUUGCCGGAACGGAUGCCGAAGCAUGCCAGUCCGGGAGCCUUAUCCAGCAACGCCUGGGCUCAUCUCACGCCGUGCUGCCCGAGGAGACGGAAGCGCCCCCGGACACCGCAAAGACAUUGAAGCCCAAGGAGAAGAAGAAGGUUGAGAAAAGGAAGAAGUUGGAGAAGCUGCAGAAGUUCCUCGCCGAGUCGAAGAUGCAAGCGCGCGAGCCUCCAAAAGGAGCUGCGCUGGUGGGCGAGAGCAGGGCAAAGUUCGAGCUUCUGUCCCAAAAAACCUCCGCCCUGGACCUGGAUGCAGUCAUCGCCCGCCUGGUCGAGAAGGGGGGCUACAAAGUCGAGAAGGCGAAGAGGGCCGCUGAUGAGUACCGGAAGUUCCUCGUGCUGAUGGGCAUGGGGAAGACACCCUUGGCCUCCAAGAUGGUCCUUGAUGCCUGGCAGGCCCACGUCAUGCCGCCAGCCCUGAACAUGCAGGUGUUUUUUGCAUGUUUUUUCUCGCUAGGCAUCGCCAGGUACACGAAAAUGUACGAGCAGGACUGCGAGACGGUCUUCGGCCACUUUUUGGAGCACGACCCCCUCAACCAGCAAAUGGACGAGGGCCGUCUGGAGCAAACGAAGCAGCAGAUCUGCGACUACUUCGGCAGGGUGGACCCACUUGUUUGGGCCAAGUCCUCGAAGGCACCGAAGCCAGUCGCUCUGUCCCAGAGCACGGACAUCGCCGAGGCAGCCAAGGACACGAUGGAGGCGUGGCUGGAGCAUAUCAAUGACAACAUUCUUUGGCGUGAUGAGCUUGUGACCGAGGACGUGCACUUGAUGGUGCUUUCGCAGCACUUGGACAGAGCGAAAACGCACGAUGGCAUUGACGACGUCCUGUCCUUUUUCCACACAAUGGGACAUGCCGCCACGGCACGUGAAUUCCUCUCCGUUGAGCCUGGCGCCUUUGCCAUUGAGAGGAUGAGGCACACUCGUAUGGGUCGCAUGGGAGCCGACAUCUACGAGGUGAACGAAGAAGGAAAGAUCUUCGACAUCAAAGUUUGGAUGGCUACUUUCAGAAACGACACGGCAGACCUGCACGACACGGGGCUGACGGAUGCGGUGGGCCAGGCCGGGCAGACUGAUGCCGGUGUGACCAAAGCUGCCAUGGAGACGUGGAUGCAGAGCCUGAACGAGCCCGAUCCCAAAGAAGCGCUCCUAGCCUCCGACGCACGCCUGACCCUGGUGGCGCAGAACGUCUUGGGGGAUCCGAUCGUAUACCAGGGAAAGGAUGAGGUGAUGGCUUUCUUCCACGGCUAUGAGCAUGCCGACUCGUCUCGAGAGUUCUUGUCUGUGGACGGAGGUGCCUUCAUGAUCGAGGUUUCGCACAGCAUGCCCCACCCGCGUAUGGGAAUCCUGAUUCUCGAGGUGAACCCCGAUGGCAAGAUCCAGAACAUCAAGGUCUGGACGGGCGACCUGCGGGACGACACUGCUGACUUGGACGACAGCGGCUUGACUGGCGUCGCAAGCCUGACGCAGAGAGAGGGUGCCUUGGGGAAGUAUUUAGUUCUUGUAGACUUCUGCCAAAACAUAAGUAGUCACCUUGGUAGAUCCGUUUGCGCUGGGGCUGCAGGCACGACUGAGCACACAGAGUGCCAGCAAUCGGGGAGCCAGCCGUCGCUGCAGCAGAUGCGCAGGUUCAACGCCUCUGCCGAGAAGGUCAAAGCGCUGGAUAUGGCCCCUGUGGUUGCCGUCCUGGUGCAGAGGGACGGCUACUCGCCCACGAAGGCAGCAGAGCUUGCAGAGGAGUACCGCAAAUACCUGGCCCUGGUGGGCACCGGCCUGCAGCCAGUGCCGUCGAAGAAGGUGGAUGAUGCCUGGCACGCCCACAUCUUGAACACCAAGAACUACGCCGCGGACACGCGGGCGCUCUUCGGCCACUUCCUCCAUCACGAGCCGGCCAACCUUCUCCUGAACGAGCAGGGCCUGCAGGAGCAGAAAUCCUCCAUGGACAACAUGUUCGUCAGUACCAAGAUGCAGAUUUGCGACUUCUAUGGUCGCGUUAACGAGGACGCAUGGGCCAAGGAGGAUGUGGCACUUUGUGAGUUCCCGCUGGCAGCCUUGUUUCAAAGCUUCGAAGUUUGCAAGGAGUUCCCGCUGGCAGCAGAAAAGAAAGUUGUGGGGAUCCAGGUCUUGUGCUCGUGUCCGGGCUCGAGCAAGAUCUCGCAUAUCGCCUUGUCAUCUUUCCCUCAUCUACCGCGUAUCCAGCUUGGAUACAUCAUGGCAAUGAAAGCUGUGUGCAUCGUGGCUGUCUUGACGGCUUUCUUGACGGUUUCUGCUGAGACCGUUGCCGGAACGGAUGCCGAAGCAUGCCAGUCCGGGAGCCUUAUCCAGCAACGCCUGGGCUCAUCUCACGCCGUGCUGCCCGAGGAGACGGAAGCGCCCCCGGACACCGCAAAGACAUUGAAGCCCAAGGAGAAGAAGAAGGUUGAGAAAAGGAAGAAGUUGGAGAAGCUGCAGAAGUUCCUUGUCGAGUCGAAGAUGCAAGCCCGUGAGCCUCCAAAAGGAGCUGCGCUGGUGGGCGAGAGCAGGGCAAAGUUCGAGCUUCUGUCCCAAAAAACCUCCGCCCUGGACCUGGAUGCAGUCAUCGCCCGCCUGGUCGAGAAGGGGGACUACAAAGUCGAGAAGGCAAAGAGGGCCGCUGACGAGUACCGGAAGUUCCUCGUGUUGAUGGGCAUGGACAAGACACCCUUGGCCUCCAAGAUGGUCCUUGAUGCAUGGCAGGCCCACGUCAUGUACACGAAAAUGUACGAGCAGGACUGCGAGACGGUCUUUGGCCACUUUUUGGAGCACGACCCCCUCAACCAGCAAAUGGACGAGGGCCGUCUGGAGCAAACGAAGCAGCAGAUCUGCGACUACUUCGGCAGGGUGGACCCACUUGUUUGGGCCAAGUCGAAGGCACCGAAGCCAGUCGCUCUGUCCCAGAGCACGGACAUCGCUGAGGCAGCCAAGGACACGAUGGAGGCGUGGCUGGAGCAUAUCAAUGACAACAUUCUUUGGCGUGAUGAGCUUGUGACCGAGGACGUGCACUUGAUGGUGCUUUCGCAGCACUUGGACAGAGCGAAAACGCACGAUGGCAUUGACGACGUCCUGUCCUUUUUCCACACAAUGGGACAUGCCGCCACGGCACGUGAAUUCCUCUCCGUUGAGCCUGGCGCUUUUGCCAUUGAGAGGAUGAGGCACACUCGUAUGGGUCGCAUGGGAGCCGACAUCUACGAGGUGAACGAAGAAGGAAAGAUCUUCGACAUCAAAGUUUGGAUGGCUACUUUCAGAAACGACACGGCAGACCUGCACGACACGGGGCUGACGGAUGUCGCAAAUGGAGUGCAAGCGGUGGGCCAGGCCGGGCAGACUGAUGCCGGUGUGACCAAAGCUGCCAUGGAGACGUGGAUGCAGAGCCUGAACGAGCCCGAUCCCAAAGAAGCGCUCCUAGCCUCCGACGCACGCCUGACCCUGGUGGCGCAGAACGUCUUGGGGGAUCCGAUCGUAUACCAGGGAAAGGAUGAGGUGAUGGCUUUCUUCCACGGCUAUGAGCAUGCCGACUCGUCUCGAGAGUUCCUGUCUGUGGACGGAGGUGCCUUCAUGAUCGAGGUUUCGCACAGCAUGCCCCACCCGCGUAUGGGAAUCCUGAUUCUCGAGGUGAACCCCGAUGGCAAGAUCCAGAACAUCAAGGUCUGGACGGGCGACCUGCGGGACGACACUGCUGACUUGGACGACAGCGGCUUGACUGGCGUCGCAAGCCUGACGCAGAGAGAGGGCACGACUGAGAACACAGAGUGCCAGCAAUCGGGGAGCCAGCCGUCGCUGCAGCAGAUGCGCAGGUUCAACGCCUCUGCCGAGAAGGUCAAAGCGCUGGAUAUGGCCGCCGUGGUUGCCGUCCUGGUGCAGAGGGACGGCUACUCGCCCACGAAGGCAGCAGAGCUUGCAGAGGAGUACCGCAAGUACCUGGCCCUGGUGGGCACCGGCCUGCAGCCAGUGCCGUCGAAGAAGGUGGAUGAUGCCUGGCACGCCCACAUCUUGAACACCAAGAACUACGCCGCGGACACGCAGGCGCUCUUCGGCCACUUCCUCCAUCACGAGCCGGCCAACCUUCUCCUAAACGAGCAGGGCCUGCAGGAGCAGAAAUCCUCCAUGGACAACAUGUUCGUCAGUACCAAGAUGCAGAUUUGCGACUUCUACGGUCGCGUUAACGAGGACGCAUGGGCCAAGGAGGAUGUGGCACUUUGUGAGUUCCCGCUGGCAGCCUUGUUUCAAAGCUUCGAAGUUUGCAAGGAGUUCCCGCUGGCAGCAGAAAAGAAAGUUCUGAUCUCGCAUUCCGCCUUGUCAUCUUUCCCUCACCUACCGCGUAUCCAGCUCGGAUACAUCAUCGCCAUGAAAGCUGCGUGCAUCGUGGCUGUCUUGACCGCUUUCUUGACGGUUUCCGCUGAGACCGUUGCCGGAGCGGAAGGCGAAGCAUGCCAGUCCGGGAGCCUUAUCCAGCAACGCCUGGGCUCAUCUCACGCCGUGCUGCCAGAGGAGACGACGGAAGCGCCCCCGGACACCGCAAAGACAUUGAAGCCCAAGGAGAAGAAGAAGGUUGAGAAAAGGAAGAAGUUGGAGAAGCUGCAGAAGUUCCUCGCCGAGUCGAAGAUGCAAGCGCGUGAGCCUCCAAAAGGCUCUGAAUGCCACCCGACGACAGGAGCUGCGCUGGUGGGCGAGAAUAGGGCAAAGUUCGAGCUUCUGUCCCGAAAAACCUCCGCCCUGGACCUGGAUGCAGUCAUCGCCCGCCUGGUCGAGAAGGGGGACUACAAAGUCGAGAAGGCAAAGAGGGCCGCUGACGAGUACCGGAAGUUCCUCGUGUUGAUGGGCAUGGACAAGACACCCUUGGCCUCCAAGAUGGUCCUUGAUGCAUGGCAGGCCCACGUCAUGUACACGAAAAUGUACGAGCAGGACUGCGAGACGGUCUUCGGCCACUUUUUGGAGCACGACCCCCUCAACCGGCAAAUGGACGAGGGCCGUCUGGAGCAAACGAAGCAGCAGAUCUGCGACUACUUCGGCAGGGUGGACCCACUUGUUUGGGCCAAGCCCUCGAAGGCACCAAAGCCAGUCGCUUUGUCCCAGAGCACGGACAUCGCUGAGGCAGCCAAGGCCACGAUGGAGGCGUGGCUGGAGCACAUCAACGACAAAAUUCUUUGGCGUCAUGAGCUUGUGACAGAGGACGUGCACUUGAUGGUGACUUCGCAGCAUUUGGACAGAGCCACUACGUAUGAUGGCAUUGAUGACGUCCUGUCCUUUUUCCACACAAUGGGGCAUGCCUUCACGGCGCGUGAAUUCCUCUCCGUUGAGCCUGGCGCCUUUGCCAUUGAGAGGAUGAGGGACACUCGUCUUCGCCGCAUGGGAGCCGACAUCUUCGAGGUGAACGGAGAAGGAAAGAUCUUCGACAUCAAAGUUUGGAUGGGGACUUUCAGAAACGACACGACAGAUUUCAACGACACGGGGCUGACGGAGGUCGCAAAUGGAGUGCAAGCGGUGGGCCAGGCCGGGCAGACUGAUGCCGGUGUGACCAAAGCUGCCAUGGAGGCGUGGAUGCAGAGCCUGAACGAGCCAGAUCCCAAAGAAGCGCUCCUAGCGUCCGACGCACGCCUGACCCUGGUGGCGCAGAACGUCUUGGAUGAUCCGAUCGUAUACCAGGGAAAGGCUGAGGUGAUGGCUUUCUUCCAGGGCUAUGAGCCUGCCGACUCGGCUCGAGAAUUUUUGUCUGUGGACGGAGGUGCCUUCAUGAUCGAGGUUUCGCACAGCAUGCCCCACGCGCGCAUGGGAAUCCUGAUUUUCGAGGUGAACCCCGACGGCAAGAUCCAGAACAUCAAGGUCUGGACGGGCGACCUGCGGGACGACACUGCUGACUUGCACGACAGCGGCUUGACUGGCGUCGCAAGCUUGACGCAGAGUGCGGGUGCCUUGCAGAAGUAUUCAGUUCUUGUAGACUUCUGCCAAAUCAUAAGUAGUCACCUCGGCAGAUCCGUUUGCGCUGGAGCUGCAGGCACGACUGAGCACACAGAGUGCCAGCAAUCGGGGAGCCAGCCGUCGCUGCAGCAGAUGCGCAGGUUCAACGCCUCUGCCGAGAAGGUCAAAGCGCUGGAUAUGGCCGCCGUGGUUGCCGUCCUGGUGCAGAGGGACGGCUACUCGCCCACGAAGGCAGCAGAGCUUGCAGAGGAGUACCGCAAGUACCUGGCGCUGGUGGGCACCGGCCUGCAGCCAGUGCCGUCGAAGAAGGUGGAUGAUGCCUGGCACGCCCACAUCUUGAACACCAAGAACUACGCCGCGGACACGCAGGCGCUCUUCGGCCACUUCCUCCAUCACGAGCCGGCCAACCUUCUCCUAAACGAGCAGGGCCUGCAGGAGCAGAAAUCCUCCAUGGACAACAUGUUCGUCAGUACCAAGAUGCAGAUUUGCGACUUCUACGGUCGCGUUAACGAGGACGCAUGGGCCAAGGAGGAUGUGGCACUUUGUGCCCCUCGCCCCAACUUUUUCAAUGCAACCAAGACAGCCUUCGGAGACAUGAUCAACAUUUGGGAGUUCUCCAAGGCCGAGUCGCCCAUGUGGGAGGCAACUGCGGACGUGACGUGCGCAAGCCGCAGCCUCUUGCAGAAGCACUCAGACGUUGGUGCGGCCGCAGCCUUACAGGCCGCUCCCUACAGCGCUGUGGAUGUUGCAAUUGUUGGUGCUGGCUAUGCUGGGCUUUCCAUUGCACGCGAGUUGCAGAAGGCCAACGUCUCCUUCAGGCUGUUUGAGGCACGACACCGAAUAGGUGGGCGAAUCUUGGACGAGGACCUCAACAAGCAAGGUCAAGCCGAUGAUGUUAUUGAGCUCGGUGGCCAGUGGCUGCACGAUACGCACGCCGGGGUCCUCACCUUACUGAAAGACCUGGGCUUUGAGCUCUAUGAGCCCGGGCAGCAAGCUGGCUGGGAGAAGUUUCCCUGUGGUGGCAGCUGCCCGGACCGAGUUUCCACAAGCCAGGGCUGGAUGAGCGCCUCGACAAUGCACGGGAAGGUGGUCGUGCCGAUGACGAUGGAAGAGACGUCGGCCUUUGAGGAGGCUCUGGCGGCGGUGUUUGAGGACAUCUCAAACACGCCUUGUACGGAGCCGUUGUCCCAUCCCAAGGCGAAGCUGUUCGACUCACUCUCCUACGACGCCUACCUACGUGACUAUCACAAGCUCGAUGCAUUUCCGAACGUCCAAAGCAAGCUGGCAGACCAAUGCCUGGAAGCGGAAGCUGCGAAGCACAUCUCGGCACUGCACUGCCUUUGGAAGGCAAGUUGCAACGGCGGGUUGCGCACGGGAGGCGUUCAAUAUCGAGUGCGAGGAGGCCCCCAGGCCCCCCUACGCCGCCUCGCCGCUCAACUGCCCAACGCGGCCCUUCAUCUGGGUGUUGCGGUGUCGGCCAUCAAGCAGAACGAACACCACAGGGACUUGAAAGUUCUGGUGACCAAUACAUCCGAGGAAGUCCUUGCAAGGCAUGUUGUUUUGGCAGGGCUUCCGCCUCACCAGAUCUUGGGAAUCCAGUUUGAACCGAAGCUGCCAGAGGAAGUCGUCCAGCUGCUGCAUGGCCUGUCACUUGGUUCCAUCCGCAAGUACUCCCUGGUGUACAAGACUCCAUGGUGGCGGGCUAAGGGCUACAGCGGCUCACUCCGGUAUGUCAACUACUCCUUGCCCUCUUUGGACGCUCAACGAUGCUUUGACAAUUCCCCCUAUUCCGGGUCUCACGGAGUUCUGACCUGCAUGACCACCGGCGACGUGAAUCGCGGCCUGCAGGCUCUCUCAAAGGAGGUGCGCUUUGAAGCUUUGGAAAGCAUGGUCCACGAAGCCUUGGGUUCUCCGGAGAAGGAAGAUGGGUUUCCACGAGUGGUGGAGAAAGAUUGGAGCGAAGAUGCCCGAUCCGGUGGAGCCAACGUAUUCUACUCACCUGGUGCUUUCGCAGCCUCCUGGCCGGGCACAUCCAAGGUGUUCUUCCAUCACAGGCUCGACAGUUCCAUUUGGAUUGCGGGCGCAGACUACUCAAACACGAGCCACGGCUACAUGGACGGAGCUAUACGGACUGGCCAGGCCGUUGCAAGACUUCUUGUACAGAAGCUCCACGCCUCCUGA